AUGCAACAAGAAGGAGAAGAUUAUAUCAACAACAACAAGAUACCAACUAUAGUAUUAUUAAAUAUAAUCAAUCAUGUAGAUGAUAAUGUAGAUUUGGUGUGUCUGUUGUUAACUUGUAAAAGAUUGUUCAAUUUGACUCUAUUCAACAACAACAGUAACAACAAUAAUGAACAUCAACAACAACAACACAACAACAACAACAGUCUAUCAUUUAAACACAUUGAAUACAAUCCACAAAAAUCAGUCGUCUUUAACAACAUCAAUGCAUUCUACUCUGAGAAAUGUUAUCAUCUUGGCUCAUUCAAGAGGAUGUUUACAAACUCAUUCCAAGAUACUUUGAUCAUACCAUCAACAACAACAACAACAAACAAAGAUAAUAAUAAUAAUAAUAAUAAUAAUAAUAAUAAUAAUAAUAAUCAAAAUAAUAAUCAAAAUAUUACAAAAGUAAUGGUAUUAGAAGAAAUAACAAGUGAUAAACACGAUCAAUUACUAUCAACUAUACCAACAUCUACCACUUCAUUAACCCUCUGUCGACCACUCAAUGAACCUUUGCCAACCAACUUUUUUCCUCACCAUCUCAAUCACCUGUCGAUCAACUAUCGAACCGUUCCAGAGACGUUUGUUGUUGGUUUACCCGAUUCACUAAAGUCGCUGACCAUGAUGAUAUCAAGUACUGUCGAGUUUGAAGAUGACUCUUUUAUCAAACUACCGGUUGGUAUUGAAAAGCUAGACUUGGACGGUUACUAUCCUCUAUCACCACAAUCCCUCGGACUCGACAAACUGACAUCUCUCAAUUGGAUGCGGUCGUGCACUAUUGAUGAGGUAGAUGCCAGCAACACUACUCUACCAAGUAGUUUAAAGUAUCUAGAGAUUCAGUUUGAACAAGUAAGGUCACCUACCUAUUUUCAGCCACUUGUGAACUUGGUUCAUCUCGAUCUUGUCAUGGUCGAUUUGACAGAGUCGGAUGUGCUGUAUCUCGACAGUCUCGUUUCACUCGAGACGUUUAUACUCUGUGUACCCGGUGCAUAUGAUGGUAUUGACGCAUCACAGAUUCGACUUGCUCCAAACCUCAAGACAUUUGAGCAAUCCGAGUCGGUUGGACCCAUCACUAAUCUAACCAUCGAUUUCUUCCCAAUAACCCUAACAUCACUGGAUAUGAACUUUGGUCAAGACGAUUAUAUUAAUUUGGGAGAGUCGUUGGCAACACGUACACCACACCUUACACUGCUGUCGAUCCAUUCAACACACUCGGAUAUUCCAGUGUCGUUCAUUCCACCGUCUGUCAAGACACUUAAAAUCCAAGCUAUUUGGCCAUCGUCGAAAAUCAAGUGUCUUGUUCCAGACACUGUAGAAUCUCUAGUACUAUCAUGCUACGAUUUACAACUCAUCAAUACACUCCCAAACUCUAUUCAAAAACUUGUACUCAAUGAUAUUACGUGUAAGGGUCAAAGUGAGGAAGAGGAGAAUAUAUAUGACACCAUCAUUCAUACUCCAAUCACUCUACCAAAUGGUUUACAAGAGUUUAGAUGGUUACAUAAAUACGGUCUUUUGGAAUCACCUCCUCUUCAAUUUAUAUAUCCCACCACCAACAACAACAACAAUAACAACAACAGCCUACAACAUAUUGAUUAUGGUAGACUGUUACACCACCCAUCAAUAGAUAAGACUAUCCCAACAUCAGUCACAGAAUUCAAAUACCUCGUUUCUAAAACCAGUUCAGUCACAGAGGGACCAUCCAUUCUUACCAAAGUUCAUUCGAUUGUCAAUGACCAAGGUUUUAUAUUCCCUCCAACUCUUUCAAAACUGACGGUCAAUGUUAGUCUUGAAAACUACGAUGUUUGGAUAUUUCAAUUAAACUAUCUUAUCAAUCAAACAAAUGUGCAAGAACUCUUCUUCACAGAGUUUAAUUAUACAGUUUCAAUUCGUCGAUUGGAAGAAAAUAGAAAUGUAUUAAUACUUGGUCAAUCUCUAUAUGGUGGAAUCAUUCAUCAACAACAAACAAAUGAUGGUCUAGAACAACCAAUUUAUCUUUGUUUCCCAAGUCCAUUGGAAGGUAAUAUACCUCCAAAACUAAAAUUUAGUCUUCCUCUUACUCUUCCUUCCAACUAA